AUGGGAAAAAAAUACCGAAAAUGGAAGAGUCGUCAAAAGGCAGGCUACGAUCUACGCAGUAGAGAAGCUGUUUUGGAACCGGGAGACCGAGUUCUUGUUAAGGUACUGGCCUUUGAAGGACGUCAUAAGCUGGCGGAUCGUUGGGAACCUGACGUGUAUAUCGUGCAGAGUCAACCCAAUAGAGACAUUCCUGUCUACACCAUACUUAGAGAGAAUGGAGAGGGAAAAAGUAGAACUCUUCACCGGAAUCAUCUACUUCCAAUCGGAACGAUACCACUGGAAACAGAUGAAAUACCCAUUGCACAUCCACCUCGACCGGUACCUCGUGCUAGGAAGUCGAAGCUGGAAUGUGGACCACAUCAUCAAGAGUCUGUGGCUGAGAUUGUCGACUCGCCGUCCGUGACUGACAGCUCAGAUGAGGAAUUUGUGGGUAUGAACGUUCCUAGCAACGUUCAACGGCCACCCACACAGGACAAAGCACAGCCGAGCGAGAAUGUGACAUUUGUACCUGGACCUCGGACUGGCUUUAUUGAUGUGGAGACAUCGGAAUCGGAACCGGAAGAUGAACCUGCAACUGCAGUACAGGGGAAUAUUACUUUGCCUGAUCCGGAGAUUCCAAUACCAAGACGGUCUACCAGGAACAAACGACAGCCUAAUUGGAUGACAUCAGGCGAGUUUGUUUGUUCACAGCAACCUGUUGGAGCAGAACCAGAAUGGAAGGUGAAAGCUAUGUUCCUGAUGGAUAUAACAUCUUCAGUAUCCUUCAGAAAUAUGACAGCUCCAGCUCAACAGGCACUGUUGAAUAUUUUAACUUGUUAAGUAUGUGUACUUUUGCAUAACUAUAUAUUUCAUUUGUAGAUGUAGUUGUAGGUGCAAUUGGGACCCUUUGGAAGAUGAGGACAUCUUUCAUUUGAGCGGGGGAAUACCUGAUGAAAUUGAGGAGUAGACAGAUUUUUUUCUUUUUUUCCUCAGUUGCAGAUUUUACAUUGUAUGAUUUUUUUUUUUUGGUAUGGAUUUUCGUUGUAUUAAUUUUAUGUUUUAUUUACAGUCUGUCCUGAAUAUGCAGAUGGGGACAUCUUCCAUCCAUGGAGGGGAGAAUGUAGUAGUGUCAUUAUUUGACAAUAUACUUUUAAUAUGUUUUUGUAUUUUAAAUAUACGCGCCGUAUGAAACGGAAGUCAGCUUUCCGCGAAGCAUUCUACGGUACGCAAUGCGGCAAUAGUUUUAGCGCGCGCGGUAGAAUAGCACGUGAGAAUGCGAGCGAGCUAAUGAGCGGAUGUGAUGUAACGUGUAUGUAAACCUGUUUGUAGUGUACGUAUUGUCUAUUUAUGGAAUGCGAGUGUUGAAUGUUGGGUAGUUUUACCUGGCGCACUGGUCACUUAUGAACAGAGCGGUCAGAGGGACAACAUCGUAUAUUGGUAAUCAUAGCCAGCAUAGAGACGAAAAGAUGUAGCGAACACUAGAGUCAUUAAACCUUAUUAACUGAACGUUAAGACGAGUACAGAGGACUCGGCGGACAUAGUCCGGGAAAACCCUCUUCAUACUGAAGAGGUGGGUAUUUUAAUGUAAUUAAGAUAAAUGAAUGAUAAUUGUAUAAAUAAUGUAAGAGCUGCUAUUUCUAUAUAAUGUAUAGAUUGAUUAAAACAGUUUUAAUGUAUAUAUUCGCCAAUUGUAAUUAAUGUAACUGACUACGGUCAGGGAGAUACUUUGUCUCAUUGUAUAAUUGCGUGAAUUAUCAUUAUGUAUAAAUAUAUGGUAAUAUGAUGUAUUUCAUGUUACAGGGUUUAUUUGUAUAAUAAUAAAUAUUGGAAACAAGAA